AAAAAACAUUUCACCCUUUCUUGAACUGCAGUUGAAGCUCCGCCCCCUAUUCAAAGUGUUGGGUAUAAAAAGAGUGCUUCAAUGAUCUUCUAGCAGUCUGAAUUUGAGCACUGAGGAGAGUACAUAGCAACAUGUUUCCCACCUAUCUUUCCUACAGUUUUGAUGUUCUGCUGUGGCGUUCCCAAGCAAGAAGGAUACGAGAUGCUGAAAGACGCCGCCAACGCCGUCAAAGAUAUUGGAUCCAUCCCAUCACUGCGGCACGGAUGACCCACGGGGUUCACAGCACUUUGUAUGGGGAGCUGCGGCAGCAUCCAGACAAGUUUGCAAGCUACUUACGGAUGUCUGUAUCAACAUUUGAUGACCUUCUAGCACGCAUCAGUGAACGGAUACGUCGGCAAGACACCCACCUGAGAAGGAGUAUCUCACCAGAGGAACGCCUAAUCGUAACCCUCAGGUUCCUGGCAUCUGGUGAGAGUUUUUCGUCUCUGCACUUCCAGUUUCGCCUGGGUAUUUCCACCAUCUCUGGGAUUGUCCGGAGCACCUGCGAUGCCCUGUGGGAUUGUCUUGUAGAAGAAUUUAUCCCACAACCUUCUACAGAACUUUGGCUUCAAAUUGCUGCGAAGUACCAUGAAGUAACACAGUUUCCAAACUGUGUAGGUGCAAUCGAUGGGAAGCACAUCAGGAUCCAGAAGCCAGCGCACACUGGGUCCGAGUACUUCAACUACAAGAAGUUCUUCUCCACUAUACUUAUGGCCAUUGUGGAUGCGCAGUACAGAUUCGUCGCAGUGGACAUUGGGUCAUAUGGAAGAACCAAUGACUCACGUGUGCUCAAGAACUCAGUGAUGGGGAGGAGGAUCUACUCUGGUGAGAUGGGACUUCCUGAACCAAGGGCCUUUCCUGGGACCGAUGAACCGCCAAUGCCUUUUGUUUUCAUUGGUGAUGAGGCUUUCCAGAUGUGUGGCAACUUGCUGAAGCCCUACUCCAGCCGAGGACUAGACCAACGCAAGCGCAUCUUCAAUUACAGACUGUCACGCGCACGACACUAUGUGGAGUGUGCAUUUGGAAUUUUUGCUGGUAAAUGGCGGAUCUUCAACCGGCCAAUCCAAUUGCACCCAGACGUGGUUGAUCAGGUUGUUAAGGCAGCUGUUGUUUUACACAACUUCAUCCUAACCAAGGAGCCUUCCCCCAGUGAUCCUGAAGAAGUUGAAUCAGCUCUGCCUGGACUAGAGCAGAUAUCCAAAAGAGCUACCCAGGCCAUCAUGCGUCUCAGAGACGAUUUUUCACAGUAUUUCCUUACAGAAGCUGGCAUGGUGUCUUGGCAGGAUCGUAUGAUGUGA